AUGCACUACUCCGUACUCCCCUAUCCCAGAGACUACGAAGCUCCCUUAUUAGGUAUUGGACCGGUACAAUACGCCACUGUUCACCUGUUUCCAACUUCCCGUCGCUCACCUCCGUCGCCGCGUACGCAAUAUAGCGUGAGCUUGGCGUAUCGCUCAGCCCAUACUGCGCCACAAGCCCCCGAGAAAACGCAGGCGCAAACCGCAGCAGCCAAAGCGGCGGAGCGCGCCGAGAAGGCCCACCGAAAGGCCAUCAAAGCCAGGGCGGCCAAGCUCCUCAAGAUCGUCACCCCAACGGUAUCGUGGAAUCGGUACGGCUCGUCCCUCGGCCUGGAGCGUCGCACAGAAAGGUCGACUAUGCUGGACGCGGUGUCGGAGCACCUGGAGCACCUGAAGAUCCAAGCGCUACCACCCUCCUCAGCACUCCUGGCCGGCAGAACUUCCAGACUCUAUCGACUACCACCUCAUCCUCAGCGAUAUCUGGCUCCCUGCCCUCAGCCAUCUCCGGCUCGGACCCUUCGCAAUCCGGAUCUUCGACCUCGUACCCUUCCUACUCGUACGGGCUCCCUUGCUCGAGCACCUCGACGCCAGCAUCGACGGCGAGGAGGAAUUCUGUUUCGUCGAGUGCCUUACUCUGACGGUGCUGACCGAAUCGCCCUACGACAUAUACUCGAUGUACGAUCCAGUCCCGGCGCUCGUCGACAUCACAUACCUCGUAUCCUCCACACAUCGGCUCUCUAUGGUGAUUCCCAUGGCCAGCUACGUGGCCAUCGAGGGCGGGGAUCGGAAGUUCGAUCUGGACGACUAGCUGGAACCGCUUCGGAACGCCGUCGGGCAUCCGCCGGAGCUGGAGGAUCUCGAUUGGCGAGUCUCUCCACACUCCACACGACUUCACACGACUUCUGUCAAUUCAUGUGUAUCAGGGGAUGGGUUUCUGAGAGCGAGGAUGAGGCUGUGGAUGAAGAGGAGUCUGAGAUGGGGCCUCUCGGUCCGGGCUUCAAGUGGAUUCAUCGACUGAUUCUGGGAUACACAGGCUGGAGCGAGAUAAUUACCAGUAUAUCGGAGCUUCCGCGUCUCGAGGCGAUAUACCUCUCUUCGCCUCCCCGACUCGGCGAUAACCCGAACGGUGUACACCACGAAACGCGGAAACGACCGGGUCAAACUACAGGGGGAAGAUGGUUCCGGUGGAGUUCAUCGAGAGAUGAGGCAAGCAGAGGGGCGGGGACAGGUGGAAUGGGAGAAGAGGGGAGUGGCGGUCGGCGAGAAGGGAUGCAAGAUCUUGAGGGAGUGGUCAGAUGGUGUCUCUGGUCGAAGACAGGGCAGCAAAUGAUGGAUGAUCCCACUAAUUCCGAAGUUCGGCGGUUCUUCUCAGCGGAAACAGCUUCGUUCACCAUGUCUGCGGACAUCCCUACCGAAAUGCGAGAGGCAGAGGGGCUAGGAGGAAAGAUUGAGAGAAGGGUGGCGGACGGGUCUGAGACCAAUGGGGAGUCCUGCCAGAAAUCAGCGAAAAGCUGUUCUCCUCGACCACAAGACCCGCCGAACUCGCCCGCCUUGAUUCCGCCUCGGGGUUUGGUCGCUCAUCAUCAGCCCCUCGUUCCGCCCGGCAUCAUGCGACUCGCUCACUCCCCAUACCUGGUCGCACAUCAUUGGGACCCUCCUUCCGCCAAGCCCAAGGCUCUCUCGGGGAUGACGAAGCGGGAGUACGCAUACCUCGCCAAUCACCCAAAUGCCGGCCUGAAGAAGAUGUACACCAAUUUCUCAGGACGAGGGGGCCCGGGAACCAUCGGAGGAGGGAUCCGGCAGCGCCUGCUCGUGUCAGCAUCCCCUUCAACCUCCACACCGCCCGCUACCUCUACAAAGACGUCAAUCGCGACGACUUUCUCGGCCUCACAUGCCACCUCGACUUCCUCCCGUACACCCUCAGACCGAGACUAUCUCGACAUUAUGGUGGAGCGACUCCACUAUCGGAACAUGCGCAUCCUCAGUCUCGCGGUAGACACCAUCUGCCCAGGCCUAGGCGAGGCUUCGCGCAUCUCGAGGAGCCUCACCAUGCUCCAAGGGAGCAAGACGCGCUUCCCCGCCCUGCCCCACCUGGCCGUCUGCUCGGUCUUCGGCGGUCACGAGUGGGUCGGGGACGGGGUCGCCUAUCGGGACAACGGCUUCGUCCUCUGCGACAACGGACGGGGUGACGGGAGGUUGGGUGCCGUUCAUGUGCCAAUAGUCCGCCAUGCUCAAUCCCCCACCCCGCCCCGCCCCGCUCCUCCACUACUGCCAGGGCAGCGCUUCGAGGACAUCAGCCAAAAGGUGAGCGCCUUUAUCUGCAGCUCCUCUUCUCCCCCUCCGAAACGGACCCGUCUGUCGCCUGCCUUGGGCUCGUUCGACUCGCUCACCCCCGAACUCUGGGCUCGCAUCACCGGCUUCCUCGUCCCUCCUCUUCACAAGCCGGUCUCGGGGAUGACGAAGCAAGAAUACUACUACCUUGCCAGUCACCCGGAUACUGGCCUGAAGAUUAUGUGUGACAGUUCUCCGGAUGACAGUGAGGCGGGAACAACGAAGAGAAGUGACAUCAGGUCACAUGAUCUGGCUUCACUCGUGCGGACUUCUCUGGCCUUCCACUUUCAAGCCGCCCGCCUCUUCUACCGCGAUGUCAUCACCGAAGAUCUCCCGGCCCUCGUCUGCCACGUCGACCGCCUCCCUGCCCACUCCCAGAUCGAGAGCAAGAACCAGCUGCUCCGUCGCAUCCGCUCUCUCCGCAUCGAGUACGGCGACAAGGACAACGCUACCAGCUAUCAAGCCAUCAUGCAGGAUGCCUACCAGUACACCUUCUUUGGUAUGCUCAUUCCGCCGCAAGAAACGAUCCAGCAGGGCCUCGCCGAGACUCUGGGCAUCUCGAGAUGCCUGGAGGACCUCCAAGGACCCAAGACGCGCUUUCCCGCACUCAAACACCUUGCCGGCUUCGUCUUCCUGCAGGGCGGUCGGGUCAACCAACAACACCCAUCCGUCGCCGAGCUCGUCGCUGUGAGCCAGCAGUCCGCCAUGCUGGUCUUUCGCACUUCCCCUCUCAUACACUACUGCUCGCGCAGCGCUUUCGGUCCCUUUGCUCUUCCUGCGGCUUUCGCUUGGGAUGAACUCGUCUUCGCCACACACUCAGAGAAACACCCGGGAGCGCGAAAUCUCAAAGGUGUACCCGACACUGCGUUCCCUCCUGCCGCCUCGAUCCCCCUCUUCACAUCACACGUCCGCUGUAUCGUCAACGUCAGCAUCCGGGCGUCUCCAAACCAUCCGACCCCGUUGGCUGCCGGAGAAUUCGGAUCGGAAGGAGUACACGUCGAAUUACCUAGUGCACAACUUUAUGUGCAAAGUUGA